AUGAUUUCUAUAGAUCAAUGGGAUGAUUUGGUGUUUCCAGAUAACGUUAGCUUACAAAGAACUGUUAACGAUGUGCUAGAAAAUUUUCGCCAAGCGAAAGAAACAAUUUCCAAAAUUCAAAUCAGAGACGAGAUUUCAAAUUCAUCAACCAAAUUAUUUGAUGAAUUUGAUAUCGAAAUCUUAAACAAUGCGUUUAAUGAUAGAAGUGAUGUGAUUGACAAAGACGGAAAAUUGACUUCCAGUCAAAUGGCGAAUUUAAUGUCACAGGAUUUGAUUUGUUGGUAA